AUGAACCCGGUUGCAAGUGGAAGACUGGUUUCCAAAUCAAGGCCUACUUGGCAGGUUCAGAGACGAAUGAGUCGGGCAGCAGAGGGCUGGGGCACGGCCAAUUUCACUGGGGAGCGGGGGAACAAGAGGAGGAGAAAGCGGCUUCAGGACAGGAAAGAGGGAAAUUCUGACCACUUCGACCGAGGGCCGAGGCGAAUUCCUCCCUACAUCCAUCGGAAACAAGGGUUUGUUGGCAACUGGACGGACGUCGAAGAUGCAUGGCUUGAAACCAGACAGAUCGCGACUCCUACCUGCAUGAUUUCUCGUGCAAGCUGCGCCCAUGAGCAAACCUGGCAGGACACCAAGUUGGUGAAGGAGGUGGCAACCCUCCUUCGAUCUGAAUAUCCGGAGCUGCUGCAGAGCAACUGGGUUCCUCGAUCCGUUGUGACAACGAUUGAUUUCAUAAGAUAG